UUGUCCGUGCUCGUAUUCCUCGUUUGUGAUACCGCGUGUAACAUAACCGACAAUGUCUUGCAAUAGAUUGCAAUACUAUACGUGGCAGGAAUUGAAACUUAAUACAUCCCGAUAGAUGGUAUUGAUCUUAUAACUGAUGGGUGUACCAUUGAAUAUGUUUAGAUCGGAGUACAAACUUUUUUUGGAAACAAAAACUUACUACGAAAUAGUUUUUUACGUUUAACUACGAAUUUAAUAUUGAAUUCGAUUGACCAGUCACUUGAUCUGAGACUAGUGUUUGUAGUAGACUGAUUAUAUCGAGUGUUUAAUUAUGAUUUCGACGAAAAAUGAGAACCAACGGUCUGGUGUAUUGUUGCCGGUUUUCCUUACUGCCUGUGCAAUUCCAAUUUCUAUGCUCUUUUGGACCAUAAAUGUGAUUUAUUCAACAUUAUAUUCAGAUACUGAGAACCACUUUGAAGAGCAUUUGGUGAUAUCACCAUGGAGAUGGUUGGCUGCAGUUGUGAUUCCCAUGUUCAUGUCGUUUUGGGGUUUCAGAAAGAAAAGCUUGGACAUCAGUGGUGCUAUACUUGGAAUGUUCAUGGGUUUUAUUCUGACACUAACAAGUUACGCUCACGUGGCUUGUCUCUUUGCAUUCUUUGUUACCUCUUCCAAAGCGACAAAGUUUCGGUCCGCUCAAAAGAAAAAAUUUGAACUCGAUUAUAAGGAGGGUGGUCAAAGAAAUUGGAUUCAAGUAUUAUGCAAUGGCGGUAUGGCAACGCAAUUGGCAAUUUUAUACUUAGUGGAUAUAGGAUGCACAGAACUACCUAUUGAUUUCAAUCAGAAUUAUAGGGGUUCCUGGUUGUCGGUAGGAAUUUUAGGAGCUUUUGCAUGUUGUAACGGCGAUACAUGGGCUUCGGAAAUUGGAUCGGUUCUUAGUAGUGGAAAUCCCAUUUUAAUUACCACAAGGAAAAGAGUACCAAGAGGAACAAAUGGUGGUGUCUCUUGGGUAGGUCUUCUUGUUUCUGCGCUUGGAGGUAUAACAGUGGGUUUGUUUUAUUACUUAACCAUACUAUACACUGUAGAUACAGCUAUGAUUCAAUUAGCUGCACCACAGUGGCCUGUUAUCAUUGUUGGAGGAAUUGGAGGUUUAUUUGGUAGUAUCUUAGAUUCUAUUCUAGGGGCUACUUUACAAUAUUCUGGAAUGGACGAGAAUGGUAUUGUAGUAGAACAUCCCGGGAAAGGAGUAAAAUAUAUUUGUGGUAGACAAAUUUUAGAUAAUCACAGUGUCAAUCUUUUGUCGAGUAUCGGGAUUGGUUUCACUUUACCGAAAAUAGCAAACUUAAUUUGGCCUUAGAAAUAUAUACCUCAUUAAAAUCAAUAUUUAAUCAAAUAUAUGUAUAAAUAAGUAUUUAUUGUAUUUUACUUAAUUGAAUCCAAUGGAAUGGUAGUGUUUAAUUAUUUAAAAGUUUAAUUAGAUCUAUAAAUUUUUUGAUGUACUUCAUUAAAUAUGUAUUUAUAUGUAUAGUAUAUAA